CAACAGAUGUUUUAGUCACACCUUUAAUCAGAUUAACAAAUCUGGCACAUGUAGGUCUUUUAUGGCUUCUUGUUUGAGUUAGGCAAAGAUUCAUGAUCCAUUUUUAUUAUCUUCACUGUGUUUGCUAAAACCACCAUUGGGUAAUAACUGAGUACAUGUAAUCAGGAUUAUGUAAUCAGACGGAUAUAGUUUCAUUGUGAAGAAUGGUAAAUGGUUUUAAACCAACAAUCUUCCGAUCAAUGGACGACCCACUCUACCUCUGAACCACAGCCGCCGCAUUACUUGAUUACAUUUUAAUUACGUCUUUAAUAUAUUCAAUUCAAUACAAUUCAAUUUUAUUUGGUAUAAGCGCCAAUUCAUGCCAACGAAGUUGUCUCCAGGACACCUAUUUCAAAAUAGAGCAGGUCUAGACCGAACUCGUUUUAACAUUUACAGAGACUCAACCCUAGUGUUAAUACAUUGUGUCACACAUAUGCCCACACAGCCUCUAAAUGGUUGACAACAUGGAUGAUAAACAUGUCUAACCAGGCUGACAACAACAGUGGUCUUCAGGGGCGUCUCAUGUACCAAGGCUGAGUCCUGGCUUUAGCAGCCAUCAAUUUGAGUCUAAUCUGUGGCCCUUUGCUGCGUGUCAUCUCUUCUCUCUCCCCCUGCCUUCCUGUCACUCUUCAGAUGUCUCUAUCGAUUAUUAAGCAAUAAAAGCACACAAAAAAUCUAUUAAAAACAACGGUUUUCAACACCGGAAAAUGGAUAAUCACAAAAGUCGUUCGGUGUUAUUUGAUUUGACCAACUGUAAUGAAUUUUAUUUGUACUGAAAAUGUUUUAAGAUUCAGUUUUUUGUGGCUGCGUCCAUUUCUUGAGUACAACGUGCAACAUUUUCAAUGUUUGAAGUAAUCCCAAGGUAUUCACAUUAAAUUCUAUAUUUUUGGAAUCCAAUAGAUUGUGUUACUAAUUCAAAAAAUGCUGAAUCAUAGGAAUCUGACCCAACACUGACAAGACAAUAUGUCUCAAAUAUUCUGUUGACUAACUGGUCACCAUUAAAAGUGAUGACUACAGUCUCCAGGUGCUUAAAGUCAUCUGAAGCCAGCAAACAACGAUUAAAAAUCAAUGUGGAAUCCUGUUUGUGGUCAUUAUAAUUUACACACGUUUAUAAUGUAAUUUAUAAACACAAAUACUCACAAUCAGUGGCUUAUUUACCAACUGGUGUACGGUUAUGUUUCCCGCAGAGCAUGAAUGAAGCGCGGAACUCUUUGGUCGCUUGUGUUUCUCACGGACCUUUUACAAAGUUGCAACACAGGAAGUUUGCUCUGACAGCGGACGGCGUAAUGUGCUGGUUUGUUUUGUAGCGAGCGUGCAUGUUGUCGGUUGCACAUUCUCAUGUUAGAGCCCUUUAUUCACACAUAAAUCUGGAAGUUGAUGAUUAAACAGAGGAACAUGUUCGCGGGGCUACCUGAGCUCGGCAUCUCCAACGGAGAGGACCUUAAAGAAACUCUCACCAACUGCACUGAGCCUCUGAAAGCCAUUGACCAGUUUCAGAUGGAAAAUGGCAUCCUGCUGCCAACCCUUCAGUCUGCUCUUCCCUUCCUCGACCUCCACGGAACGCCUCGGCUGGAGUUCCACCAGUCUGUCUUUGACGAGCUCAGAGAAAAGCUGAUGGAGCGAGUCGCCAUCAUCGCAGAGGGCAAGGAAGAGGACAGAUACAGGAAGCUUGAAGAGCUGCUGGAGAAGAGCUUUCCCCUCGUCAAAAUGCCGUCCAUUCAGCCGGUGGUAAUGCAGGUGCUGAAGCAUCUACCCAAGGUGCCAGAGAAGAAACUGAAGAUGGUGAUGGCUGACAAGGAGCUGUACAAGGUGUGUGCCGUGGAGGUGAAAAGGCAGAUCUGGCAGGACAACCAGGCUCUGUUUGGGGACGAAGUCUCGCCCCUCCUAAAGCAGUACAUUGUGGAGAAGGAAGCGGCUUUGUUCAGCAGCGACCUGUCCAUCCUGCACAAUUUCUUCAGCCCUUCUCCCAAAACACGACGCCAAGGCGAGGUGGUCCUAAAGCUGACCCAGAUGAUUGGAAAGAAUGUGAAGCUGUACGACAUGGUGCUGCAGUUCUUACGAACACUCUUCCUGCGAACGCGAAAUGUCCACUACUGCACGCUAAGAGCAGAGCUGCUGAUGUCUCUUCACGACCUGGACAUCAGUGAGAUCUGCUCUGUUGACCCCUGCCAUAAGUUCACUUGGUGUUUAGACGCCUGCAUCCGUGAGAAGUUUGUGGACGGCAAGCGAGCCAGAGAGCUGCAGGGUUUCCUGGACGGGGUGAAGAAAGGACAGGAGCAAGUCCUCGGGGACCUGUCCAUGAUCCUGUGUGACCCAUUUGCCUGUAACACCCUGGUCCUGAGUAUCAUGAGGAAUCUACAAGAGCUGCUGAGUCAGGACGCCUUACCCAGGGACAGUCCGGACCUGAUGCUGUUGCUGAGGAUGCUGUCACUGGGUCAAGGGGCCUGGGACAUGAUUGACAGCCAGGUCUUUAAAGAGCCUCGUAUGGAUUUGGAGGUGGUCACCCGCUUCCUGCCUGCCAUGAUGUCAGUGGUUGUUGAUGAUCACACCUUCACUGUGGAACAGAAGCUUCCGACUGAGGAGAAGAGCUCGCUGUCAUACCCCACCACCCUGCCAGACGCCUUCAAUAGGUACCUGCAGGAGAACAGAGUGGCCUGUGAAAUGGGUCUCUACUACGUCCUCCACAUUGCCAAACUGAGGAACAAGAAUGCCUUACAGAGGUUACUACCUGCCCUAGUGGAGACCUACAACGACAUGGCCUUUGGCGACAUCUUCCUGCACCUGCUGACUGGGCACCUCACCCUGCUCUCUGAUGAGUUUGGAUCAGAAGAGUUUUGUUCAGUUGUCUUUGAUGGCUUCCUUCUUACUUCUUUUUCUAGUAAAGAGAACGUCCACAGACACACCCUCCGGAUGUUGCUGCACCUACACCACAAAGUGCUGCCAUCGUGUAUGGAAACCUUGAUGAAAACUCUUGAACCUCCGAAACAGAGCAGCGAGCCAGUGAAGGAGCUGUUCACCCAGCUGACGGAGAAGCUGGAGGCCCAGAAGAAGAGCCCUCCUCCGCUGGAGGAAACCCCAUCCCUGGACCUGGGGCUGCACCCGGUGACCGUCCCCACCACCGCCUCCACCCCGACUACACCUCUCUGAGGGCACAGCUGAAACAACAAUCAGUGACUGACUGUAAAUACAGCCACCAGUUGGCUCGUGAAUUUUUAAAAAGACUGGACGUUUUACAUUAUUGAUUGUUUUAUGUUUAUUGUUUCUUUAGAUGUUUGUCUCUGAGAAGGUCUUCCAGCACUGACCGUGUAGUCCAGUGGCCAACAAUUUUUCUUCAAGGGGGAGGGGAGGGGGCAACUUUUCUAAACUUUGUGCUCUUGCAUUAUUGUCCAAAUAUACAGUAUUUUCAUAUGUAGUCGGGCUAUCAGUGUGUUAUAUUAAACUGUCAGUAGAGCAACAAAGCUGUAAAUAAACAAUUAUUUAGAAAUA